AUGCAGGAGGCCUCGGCAGGUGAGAAAUAUACUUUCAAGCAAAACAUACUCGUUUUGGCAAAGGCGCGAUUGCGAGUUAUCACUGGCCAGGGUGAGAUGAGGCUUUGUCUCGCCCCUUGGCGGGUGAAUGAGAUGGUCGCAUUGUUAUCGUCACAAAGCAGGCUGGAUGAACUGGUUGAAUCGGUCCGCCAAAUGGCGUUCCUGCGCACAACGCACGUUGCGACUAUACGACUGAAUCUUGAUUUGCCCGCCGCAUUUAUCAUACCAUGCUCAACUCUGCAACGAGGCAUCAAAAGGAAGAUCCGUGCUGAGAUUGUGGAACAAAGUACUGUCGAUGGAGAGUCGCCAUGGUAUCUCGAUAGUGACUUCAGCGUACUUGGUGCCAUGCUCGCCCUACUAGGCGAUGAGCAGGCAUAUGGAGACGUGCCCGUACUUCUGGGGACAAUCUCCAAAGGUGAAGGUGACGCGCUGUCACGUGAACAUGGCGCUAAAGAACUUGCCCCGACGCGUUUGCCAAGUGAGAGCUUGUUAGCGAGAACGACGACGACGACAACGAAGACGGCAACAAAACGUCGCUUGCUAUCUCCAUCGCCCAUCACCGCUCUCAGUAAAUUGCAUUCCAAAGUUUUGCUUGUCGUGGAGUGGUUGGAAGCUUUCAACGACAUCUAUCUAAAUCUGUCGCGUAAGCCUGGCGCAACACGCUUCUCCGACUCUGGAUUUGGCUGGAAGCCCGCUGCCGGGGGUGAGACGUACACAUGCGAUCAGUCACAGAUCAUACAGGCACAAUGGAGUCGCGCUGCACGUGGCUAUGAAGUUAAGAUUCUUUCACGGAACGACGGUGUCAUCCAGCUCGAUGGAUUCAAGCAGGAUGACUUUGAGCGUGUCUCCAAGGUCUUCAAGACCUGGUAUGGCAUCAAUCUGGACAAUCGUGAACAUGCCUUGCGCGGCUGGAACUGGGGAAAGGCCGAUUUUGGAAAGGCUGAACUAACCUUCAAUGUGGCAAACCGCCCGGCCUUUGAGGUGCCUUACACCGAAGUUUCCAACACAAACUUGGCGGGAAAGAACGAAGUGGCCGUUGAUUUCUCACUACCACCCGAUGGCGACGCUGGGGCCAAUGGCGCCCUUGGAGGAGCGAGAUUCAGAGGGAAAAAGUCUGCAGGCGCUCGCGACCAACUAGUCGAGAUGCGUUUCUACAUACCCGGUGUAGCCUCCAAGAAAGAGAAAAAUGAGGAUGGCGAAGACGCUUCUGGCGGUGAAGAGGGCGAGGAGACAAACGCCGCUAGCCUCUUCUACGAGACACUGAUGGACAAGGCUGAGAUCGGGGAGGUUGCUGGAGACACAUAUGCUACCUUCUUGGAUAUCCUUCAUCUCACGCCCAGAGGUCGGUUCGACAUCGAUAUGUACGAGAGCUCGUUUCGCCUGCGAGGCAAGACGUACGACUACAAGAUUCAGUUCGAUUCGGUCAAGAAAUUCAUGGUCUUGCCCAAACCCGACGACAUGCACACUCUUAUUACCAUUGGUCUGGACCCUCCUCUGAGACAAGGCCAGACACGUUACCCAUUUCUGGUUAUGCAAUUCAAGCGUGACGAGGAAGUAAAUCUUGAUCUAAACAUGAAGGAGGACCUCUUAGAAUCCAAGUAUAAGGACAAAUUACAGUCACAUUACGAAGCGCCCAUCGCUGUCGUAGUCUCGGACAUCUUUCGAGGACUGAGCGGUAAACGCAUCACUAGACCAUCUCGGGACUUCAUAAGCCACCAUGAGCAAUCGGGUGUCAAGUGUUCAAUCAAGGCUAAUGAGGGCCACCUCUUUUGUCUCGACAAGGCCUUCAUGUUCAUACCCAAACCAGCGACCUACAUUAGCAUGGACAACAUCGCGUCUGUAACCAUGUCUCGUGUUGGCGGAGCCAUGGCAGCAAGCCGCACCUUUGACAUUACCUUUACCAUGAAGGGAGGUAUGGCAGAACACCAGUUUUCAAACAUCAAUCGGGAGGAACAACAGCCGCUCGAGAACUUCUUUCGGGCCAAAGGUAUCAAGACGAAGAAUGAAAUGGCGGAUGAUUCUGGAGCAAUUCUUGCAGCCGCCUUGCAGGACGAGGAUCUUGCCUCUAGUGACGACGGCGCUCCAGCAAAUCGCGGUAGUGCCGACGAGGACGAUGAGAGCGUCGACGAAGACUUCCAAGCAGAUUCAGAAUCAGAAGUGGGCGAGGAAUUUGAUUCCGAUCACCAGAGCAGUGGUUCGGAUAGUGAUGAGGAAAUGGGGGGCGCAGACAGUGAUGCGGGAGAAUCUGCAGCUAUGCCAGAACGGCCGAAGAAGAAACAGAAGGUAUCGAAAUAA